AUGCGCAGGAAUAACGGUGCGAGACCACAUCAAACGAAAUUCGUCAAGAAAUGUACUUUCUGCAAGGGGGAGCACAGUAGUGGAUCAUGUACUGUAGUGGAUGAUACAAAGAAACGAAAGGAAAUUGUUAAUCGAGACAAGUUGUGCUUCAAUUGUCUCGGAUCGCAUCGUGUCGCCCAUUGCCACUCAAAGUUUCGUUGCCGCACCUGUAAACGCAAGCACCACACCACGCUGUGUGAUGGCGCCAAAGCCGAGUCUGAACAGGAUCGGGAAUCAAAGGAUAUACCAGAGACUGAUGACACACAUGUGAAGCUCACCCCAACAUCUGGUUCAGUGCUACUUAAAACCGCAUCGGUUCGGAUUACAUCGGAUUCAGGAGUUCAGGUCAACUUGAAUGUACUUCUAGACGAAGGAGCUCAACGUACGUUCAUCACACAAGAGAAUCUGAACCUAGCGCCGCAAGUGGAAGCUGACUCUCCUAACAUUGACAUGCUACUUGGCGCUGAUUUCUACUGGUCCAUUAUGCACGACCACGUGGUUCGUGGGGACAGGCCAACCGCUGUUGAUUCGAAAUUGGGAUACCUUCUCUCCAGCCCCACCCACUCUAAGAUAGAGAAUACGUCAGUCAUGAAUACCGCAGUUUUCAAAGUCCUGGCUGACACAAGCAUUGAUGAACAACGCCUCACUUCAUUCUGGGACUUAGAAUCGAUCGGAGUGAGAUCAGAUGAACUUUCCGAUGACAAUGACAACGAUGACUUCGAACGUCACAUCGAGAAAGAUGAGAGAGGAUACACCGCAAGACUACCCUGGAAAGUAGACCACCCGCCACUUCCAACUAACUAUGCAUCCGCAGCGAAAAACACGCGCAACAUGGUUCAGAAACUGUCACCGGAUAUCCGUAAGGUUUACAGCCGCAUAUUACAAGAACAGGAGUCACGUGGAUUUAUAGAACGGGUGGAGGAUGAUGACUGCAACAAAGGUCACUAUCUCCCUCAUCGCGCCGUCGAAAAGGACUCCGUCACCACGCCCAUCAGAAUUGUCUAUGAUUGCAGUGCCACCGUGUACGACAAUCCUAGCUUGAAUGACUGCUUGGAAAAGGGCCCAACGAAUCUGAACGACCUAACAGGAAUAUUACUUCGUUUUAGGACGCACCCCGUGGCUUUCACCAGCGACAUAGAGAAAGCCUUUCUCAACAUCCGUCUACAUCAGGAAGAUCGAAAUUUCACGAAAUUCCUCUGGCUCGAAAACCCUGAGGACCCAGACAGCAACUUCCUUGUCUACCGCUUUAGUUCUGUUCUGUUCUGUUUGGUUUGGUCUCGAGCCCAGCACUCCUAA